AUGUCUGUGUGGGGAGCAUUGUGUCAAUGCAUGAUGUACGACACAAACAUGCUUUUCAAAUUGAGGCUCUCAUUCAUACAGGAGUCGUACGUGCUUGGCACAGAACCUGUACACACAUACCACUACAUGUGCUCUCAUGCCCAAGUCCUACCCUUUAAAACAAACAUCAGAACAUUUACCUAUAACUCAAGGUUUGUGGGUGUGUUUUGUGUGUUUGCAGUUGUAUUUAAAGCAGAGGACGAGUCUCUCUCUGUCAGACUGAUCCAGACGCCCAUCAGAUCCCCUGCUGUCAUCCACACUUCUCCACGAAGAAUGGAAUAUCACACGUCUCUUGUUUUGCUCAUUCUCAUCUCUUCGCCGUGGCUAAGUGCUGGGAAUGAUUACUGUGGUGGCAUUGGACCUGAAGAGUGCACUUACAUCACCUCUCAACAUCGCAUAAGAAGAGAACUGACAUUGAUAUGCACAGUGGUCAACGAAUCUACCAGGAAAACAACCUUCAAUGCAGAAGAAGCUAUUAAUCACAUCACUAAGGUCGACCAAAAUCUGAAAACGGAGGCACAAAUUUUAAUCAGUCGCUGGAAAAAUGAAUACCUAGUGGACAGGGCAAAAUCUAAACUGAUCACGUCUAUGAAUUUACGUAUCGACAUGCAGGGCAUCAUCAAACGCAACAAUCAGCGCUACUAUAACUUGCAGGUCCAACUGAAUACGAAUCGAGGUCCUAAUCGAAGCACCACGGUGUCUCAGAUCAUCGUACCUGAUGGAAUUCCAGACCGCUACAUCCGCAGAGCUUUUUGUGAGAGCUUGAAUCGCCGAGCUCGGGUUUUUGUUGAUGUUACACACUGAAAAAAACUUAAACGUAAAAAAAGGGUGAAAUGCAUGGCAGCACAGGGUGCCAAAGGUUUACCAUUAACAGAAAUAACGCUACACCCUGAACUGAGGUCACGUGUUUAAACUGUGAACAUAAGAAAACAUGUGUCUACCAUACAAUAAAAUAACAUGUUUUCACUGUAGUACCAAAUGAUUCGUCUGUUAAAUAAAACAAUGACUUCAAUUAAAAUGGUUGAAUUUAUAAAUUGGUAAAAUGAAAAAACAACAGUAUAAAACUUUCAAAAGCACACCGACAAAGCUUUAUGUGAGAGUUUGUAUACUUUUAACAAAGUAUGUUAUUGAUUGAGUUGUUUAUACAACUGCUAAUAUUAUUCUACUUGGUUUAAUUGUGUACAAAGCAACCAAAGACCAUAAGGUAAAAGACUGGACAACCACAUCACUGAAAAAAAUGAUUCUUGAGGGUUAGUAAAUAUUACCCAUGCAAAUCAGUUAAAUUUGACUUACAUAUAUUAAGUAGCAAAGUAAACUAUAUGCAAACUUACUGAAUCUACUCAAUAAAACUGAGGCAAGAAUGUCCACUCAAUUAGAUUGAGUAGGUUUUAUUCUAUGUGUUUAAGUAAAGAGUACCUACAUUUAUCAGAUAUGAGUCAUGACACACUGAAAGAAAUGAGAUAAAGUCUACCUAUAAGAGUCUAAUAUUUCUCAAUAUUAAUUACUUAUAUAAAUUGAGUAAUAUUAGUUUAUAUAACCGUCAACAGAUCAUCUACUUAUUAUGAAUGAUAAAUAUUGAAUGAUUAAACACUAAAUAUGACUUAUUCAGUGAAGCUUGAAUUACCUAAAAAUGGUCAGAAACAGGAGAUCGCAUCAAUUGCUUUUAUUGACCAAAUAGCAAACGUUUAAAAACCCUUUUUGACAAUGAACACAAGAUUAAUUUGAUGUCACCAUUAUCAUUAUCAUGAUCAGUGUUCACUUUAGUUGAGCUCUUGAGUCUUGCACUUCACAGAGUUACUUUUCUUUUACCAACCACAGCUGUUGUUCAUGUGCAACACUUCUGUGUUAAUAACGAAUGAGUUUGCUGCAUUACUAUAAUAUGGUACAUAAUAAAAGUGAAUGCUUUUUUAAUUUUUACUAUUUUAUUAAAAGGGUGUUUAUGGGUUUGAGAAAGAUUCUACAAUCAAAUGACAAAAUAAAGUUACCACAACAUGG